AUGGAAGCCCUACUCGCUCAAUUACAUGCCCAAGGCGUGGUGGAAUCACCCUUCGCGGAAGAAGAAUGGAAGCUUCCAGUCGUUAAUACCCCGAUCAAUGAUCUCUCGCCGUCUUCCCCCUUCGAUUUCCCUCUAUACGAUCCCAUUCCUUUGCCCGACGAGGAAGAGGAGGCGGAACUCGACAUCGAAUGUAUUCCCUCUCCCCUAGCCGCCGUCCAAGACCUUUAUCAACUUGCCGAUGACAUUACCGACAUAAAUCUCCCUCCCGACCUUCCCGACCAACCUCCAAGCGAUGACUUCCAUGUUCGACUCCCCCCUAUCAGCCCCACCUAUACCCUUACUGCUCUCAUCGACGCUGUCAAUCUGCAUGGCAAACAGAAUGGCUACGCUUGGGGUUUAUAA